AUGGAAGAAGCAAGCACUAUAUCCUCUAGAAGUAACUCGUCAGAUCUACAAUCCGAGAUUGAUGAAAUGAAUAAUCUUCUCAAGGUCGAAAGGAGGCUAGUUUUACAGAGCCAAAAAAACUAUAAAUCAUUAAAGCAUAAAUAUAUAAAAGUCAUGGAAGAAAAUAGUAAAAUAAAGACAGAGUUAAAUAAUAUACAAUCAUAUGCAAAUGAGAACCAACGAUUACAUGGAGUGAUCAAGGAGUUAGAGAAGAAAAGUCGUGAUAUAGUCCGAAACUUAUCAGAAGAUUGCAACGAGAGAAAACGGCAAAACAUGGAGUUUCGAGCCAAUUCUCUAGCUGAAAUCCAAACCGUCUUCCGUAAGGAGAUUGAUGAUCAGAAGAAUGAAACGAAGCGGAUAGCUCAAGAGAAAGACGAUCUCAUCGAAGAAAAUGACAAACUAUUAGAAGCGAUUCGUGAUCUCAAUAGCCAACUAAUGAAAGCCAGACGCGACUUGAAACAAAAAGAACAUGAGAUGAGCAUAGAACUUUCAACUCAGUUAGAUAAAAUUGUUGGGCAGUUCAAUGAAUCAAGGGAAACUGAAUUGGAAAAACUUUCUGAUUCUGAGAUUAUAGAACAGCAACGAGCUCGUAUAUUCAAGCUGGAAAUAGCGCUAAAAGACGAAGAGAGCUCAAAAUUGAAAAAGCUGGAUGAACUUCAUUGUCAAAUUCGAGAAACAGAAAAUAAACUAUCAGAGGAGCGCAAGAAAUCUAUCAAAGCAGAUGCAAAAGCAGACAGAGCUUUCAAUGAAACUAUUGGACUGCGAAUGGUUUUAGAGCAAAAGCAGACAGAACUAGAUGCUAUUCGAAGUAAGCUAAACUCGGCAAUGAACAGUCAGAUGUUUAUGGAAUUACAAAUUUCGGAGAAGGAACGCUUGUUGGAAAUGGAUCAACAGGAUCAAUCAAUGAUGUUUCAAAAGAGAUUGAUGGAGUUAGAAUAUCUUAUAAACGAACGGAACUGCAUAAUAGAUGAAUUGAAGCAAAAGCUGGGUGAAGCUGAAAUCGAGAAAAACAAAGGGUACAACCAGCUGCAAGGAGAGAAUCAUGAAGAAAAAUGGAAAUUGCAAGCUGAAAAAGAGCGUUUAAUUCACAAUAACAAACUAUCAAGAGUAACAGAUGAACGAAAUCGUUUGGAAGAAACAGUUGCUGAGCUCAAAGAAAAGCUGAAAACCACUCCAGAAACUAUAGCAGAAUCUACAAGACUGAGGAAAGACUUAAUCGAGAAGGAAUUGGAAAUAAAAACACUUCGACAGUACUACAGAGACUUAUUGAAGAAAAUGAAAAACUCCCUGCUUUUGUUGGAAAAACGAUACAAAAGUGCACAAAGAAAGUUAGAAAACAGUGUUUGUUUUUAG